GAAGUCAAAUAAGGAAGAACAAGAUCAAGAUAAAACUCAACUGUAUAGGCUAAGAUGUAUUAACGGAUUUCACAGAAUCAUAAACCAUGAAGAUUUUCCUUUUCACCUUCAUUUCCAUAGUCCAUCUUGCAGGAGGCCAAAAUGGCUGCCUGCCUGCAACAUGUGGACCGUCAGGGCCAAAUAUCCGGUUCCCAUUCUGGCUAAAAGAUCAUCAACCAGAGCACUGUGGAUAUCCGGGCUUUGAACUCAGAUGCACUGAAAGUGGUGAUUUGAAGUUUGAUCUCCAAUUUCCAGUAACAGCAUCAGCCAACAAUGUAGUGCUUCCAUUACUAACAACUGUCACAGUCGGGGUGAUCGACUACGGAGCACAACAGAUGCUAGUCAGGCAUGCCGUUGCACGGUCCUGCCCACCAGAGAAGCUCACCACUUUGAACUCUUCGGCCUCUCCUUUUGAGGUGGAAGCGUUAGGAUACAGUGAGGGAUAUGUUUUGUUCAAUUGUUCUAAUGCAGAAAGUGAUUGGCAGACGGUUUCUUGCCUUAGCAACCAUGAUCACAAAGUCAUAACUCUCCCUUCUACCAGUGAGAUCACAGCUCUGCCUCCUCACUCAUCUUGUUUUAAGAUGUACAACAUUUCAUACGUACCGUACAAUGCAUUAGCAGGAAGAGAUGAUGAAUAUGGUGAGCGUUUUUAUGUUCGUUGGCGAAAACCGUCUUGCGGAAAUUGUGAAGCAGAAGGCAAGUUUUGUAGAUUGAGGAAUAAUACAGCAGAAGACACUGAAUGCUUCAGUCCGGAACAACCUCAACACGGUUUAUCGAAAAAUUAUAAAUCACUUGUUGCAGGUAUAACUGUAGGAACUAUACUCCUUGGGUUUAUCAUGGUUGAGUUGUUCUUCGUCUUCAUCUCGAUGAAAAGAAAGAAAGAGGAGCACAAAAGGAUACAAAAAAUCUUAGAGAAUCACAAAGACAUGAGCCCUAGAAGAUACUCAUAUGCAGAUAUCAAGAGAAUUACAGAUAAUUUCAAGGAAAAACUCGGCCCACGAACUCUUUUCAAAGGGAUGCUCGUCGAUGAAACUUGUGUUGCUGUGAAGAUGCUCGAUCAUUCUGAACAAAAUGUUGAGGACUUUAUUGACGAAGUGGACACAAUAGGUCGAAUGGAACACGUCAACGUCCUUCAAUUAGUUGGAUAUUGUGUUGAUGGACGUAAAAGAGCUCUUGUUUAUGAGUUCUUGUCGAGUGGUACGCUUGAAAUGCUUAUUUCUUCAGAAAGCCAGAGCCAAAUGCUUGGUUGGGAGACACUGCACCAAGUUGCUCUAGCCGUAGCCAAAGGGAUUGACUACAUUCGUCAAGAAUGCAACCAGAACAUCCUCAGUUUGAACAUUAAACCUCAGAACAUUCUGCUAGAUAACAACUUAAAUCCCAAAGUCUUAGUAUGUUCGAUAAGUGCUGCUCCAGGGGCAUCAGAAUAUGCUGCCCCAGAAAUGUUUGCAAGUACCUUUGACGUCCUGUCACAGAAAGCAGAUGUUUAUAGCUUCGGCAUGUUGUUGCUGGAUGUUGUAGGGAGACGGAGCGGUGGAGAGAAAGAAAAUGGUGGCAUUUACUUCCCCGAAUGGAUCCUCAAGAAUGGAGCAGAACGAGCAAUCCAGAUAGACGAAGAAGAAGAGAAUAUUGAGAUGGUUAAGAAACUCUCAGUUGUCGGCUUAUGGUGCAUUCAGUGGUUUCCAUCUGAUCGCCCGUCUAUGAAGACAGUGAUUCAAAUGCUCGAAGGAGACAAUAAGCCCAUUACACCGCCAAAUCCUUUUGCCUCUUUCAAUCUCAAACACACAUGAAACUUCAUGUUGAAACAUAUUUAGCAGAAAACUUUGUUUUGGUCUGCAGAUACUCAUUCAUGACUUGUUCUAUUCUGAUAAUGUUAAUAAGCUGAAACACAAUAAGCUAGUGAACAAUUAUCGAUUUACACUUUCUA